ACACAGUAUUCACUCAGCAUUGUUCAUGUCACAGCUGCGAGAUGACCGAAAGCCUGGAACCUGUCCAACCUGCAAAUCGAGUGAUCUCGAGGAAGGCACUCUCAAUCGUAAAGUAUCUAGUGCUGUUGGUGACUGGAAUGUGUGUGGUUAUGGAAGUGAUUCAGGUUGUACUCGGUGCUAGUGCAGGACAUCUGUUUGGAGAGUUUGAACUUUUCAUAGAUGACCACUUUAUUUCGCUAACCCAGUUCUUGGUAGCCACUGGUAUCGUUACGUUGAUACUUGUUCUAGUCGGUUGUGUUGGUAUUAUUCUGGAAAAUGUCUCAAUCAUAACUGUGUACAUUGCACUGUUUGUGACAAUGGUAAUUUUGGAAACGAUUGUGGCCAUCGCAUCCUACACGAUGGGCAACCGAGUUGAUAGCAUGUUGCGCGUUAACCUGAACUACGCCUUCAACCGUUAUCAUGGUGACUUGAGUGUUCAACGCUCCGUUGAUCAUAUGCAGCAAAGGGUGGAAUGCUGUGGCUUUAAAGGGUAUCAAGAUUGGUACAAUUGGAUGAUACCGGAAACUGGAGAGAGCCCAGUGCCAGCAUCGUGCUUUUCGCUGACACAUCUUCAGGAACCCUUCCAGGGUGGCUGCUUUAGCCUUAUGAACCAGCUGAUUGGAUACGUGGUCAAUCUAAUGUCAUCUGGAACGACCAUUGUGAUCAUAUUUCAGGUGAUUUGUAUCAUCAGCGCUGUUGUACUCGUAAUUAAACUGAAAAGCUUCAAAAAACAUCGAGUUGCGCAAACUUCUUCGAGAACUGAUGUUUACAAUAACGAUGCAUUCAAUCUUGAACCAAUUUUAGAAGAAAAGGUUAGAUACUGAGUGGCAACCAGCUGGAACUUACCAAAUAAUACUCUCAUAAUAAAACAUCCACCAUGGAUUCAUAAUAAAA